CUAAUGUAUUAUUAACUUGUUCCUGUGCGUAAUGUCGAUAGAGAGAGAGUCUGACAGAUAUAGGCACAGUGAAGGUUAUCGUCGAUGGAAAUGGUAGAAGUCAGAGGGAACAAAACGAGUAAUACAAAACCGCCAUAACAGCAGCAGAUAGAAAACAGCAGCUGUAGCAAAUGCAGUAAACAAGCAGCAACAGAAACGAAGACACAGGAAACAAAUAAUAACGAAAUCUUCACUAGCUAACAGCAGUAAUCGGAACGCCAAACCUACACUACACAUCAGCAGAAACAGCAGUAAUCGGAACGCCAAACCUACACUACACAUCAGCAGAAACAGCAGUAAUAAAAACCAACAGCAACAAAACCUCACAGCCAUUAACAGCAAAAAAGACACAAGAGAAAAUUAGAUGCUGCAACGGUACUGGCAUUAACAGCAGUAUUAAGCAGUAAUUAGGAACCACAAGCAAGUGAGGCAGUAAAGCAUCAUUAGGGCCUCAAACAGCGUGGUGGAGGAGGAGGUGAGGUGAGGUGAGCAUGGGGUGUGGGGUGAGCGUGCCUGAGUCCACCACCCCAGAAGUACCACAGGAUGGGUACUUCAAGGAAUCUCUCAAUGGCGCUGGUCUUAUGCCCCCACAGGUAUGUGACGGCCGCAGUACCAUAAUUCUUACUUCCGAGGAUACCAUUACCGUCGUCACCUCCCCAACAGUAGUCCGAGCAGCGCGGCUUGUGUAUACCCAGGUGUUGGUGACGGUGACGGAAGAAGCGGUGGAUAAACCCAAGACAGGGGAGGAGGGCGCCUUCGAGCUGCCGGAGUCUGAGUUCGAGGAUGGUCGUCUGGGUGUCAUUGAGGCAGAGGCGAUAAGAACCUGUCGGUACUUGACCGUCGAGGAACACUACUGUGAUGACGAGUUCCCAGCACACUACUCCUCCCUCUUCUUCUCCUCCAGGAUCGAGGUCGACGUACAGUGGAAAAGACCCUUUGAGCUUCAGGAGGAGCCUCAUCUGUUCGUGGACGGUGCGAGCAGGAGGGACGUGGUUCAGGGCGAGCUUAGUGACUGCUGGUUCCUCUCCUCCUGUGCCGCCGUCGCCAGGACCCCCAAGUUAUUAGAGAGAGUGGUACCCCCGGAUCAGUCGCUGAAGGGGGAGGGAUACACUGGGCUGGUGGUAUGUAGGUUCUGGAGGUUUGGGGAGUGGGUGUUGGUCUGUGUGGACGACCGCCUCCCCACUAAGGACGGUCACCUCAUCUUCGCUCGCAGCUCUGAUCCCACCGAGUUCUGGGUGGCUCUGCUGGAGAAGGCAUAUGCUAAGCUCCACGGGUCGUACGAGGCCCUGGAGGGCGGACAGAGUAUGGACGCUAUGGUUGACUUGACGGGAGGCUUGGCUGAGAGGUUAGAAAUAGCGGAAAUGCCUGACAAGAUGAAACUCUACAAACUCCUCAACAAAGCCUCCAAGAACGGCGCCUUCAUCACCGCCUCCAGGAAGGGCGACUGGAAGAUGUCCUACAAGACGGAUGAACACGGACUAGUCGAUGGCCACGCCUACACCGUGUCAGGUGUGGCCACUGUGUCUCACCAGGACAUGGGACACGUCCAUCUGGUGCGCGUUAGGAACCCUUGGGCCAACGGUGCUGAGUGGAACGGUGAAUGGGCUGACAGUGACGACAAAUGGAAGGGAGUGUCGGAUUACCAGAUGAAGAAACUCGGGAGAACCAACAUUGAGGAUGGAGAGUUUUGGAUGAGUUAUAAAGAUUUUUGUGACCAGUUUGAGGAGGUGUCCGUGUGUACCAUUGGACCUGAUUUCGACAAAGAUGGAACUGUCGAUCACGUGGAGCAGGUGAAGGCCAUCAAGGGAGAGUGGGUCAAGGGGGUGAGUGCUGGAGGAAGCAGAAACGACUUCGAGAAAUUCGCCACCAAUCCCCAGUACCUCCUGACAGUGACUGAACCUGACACAAAAGACGACAAUGUCUGCAGUGUGUUGGUGGGGGUGAUGCAGGAGCACAGAAGGUCACACCGUCACCUUGGAGUCAAGAUGCAACAGAUUGGCGUCGUUCUCUACCGGACAGAGGACCCCGAGCAUCGCCUACCAGCCACUCACUUCUUCUACAACUACGAGGAAGGAACCUCCGGGGUCUACAUUAACUUCCGAGAGGUGUUGUGCCGGGUAGAGUUGAAUCCCGGACAUUAUGUCAUCAUUCCUGCCACCUUCUUGCCAGAUUCUCCUGGACACUUUAUGGUCAGGGUCUACUCCCCCAAGUCCUUCGAUCUCAAGAUGCUGCCGAAUGAACUCUCUCUUAAAUAAUAGUUUUGUUGUUGAUGUCAGCUCUUGAAGGAUGCUAUUGAUGCCAGUUCUUGGAAGAUACUAUUGCUGUCAGCUCUUGGAGGAUAAUUAGUGACGUCAGCUUUUGCAAGAUGCUAUUGAUGUCAGUUCUUGGAAGAUACUAUUGACGUCAGCUCUUGGAGGAUAAUUAGUGACGUCAGCUCUUGGAGUAUGUUAUUGACGUCAGUUCUUGGAGGAUACUAAAAAGUCAGCUCUUGAAGGAUGCUAUUGACGUCAGCUCUUGGAGGAUAUUAGUGACGUCAGCUCUUGGAGGAUAUUAGUGACGUCAGCUCUUGAAGGAUACUAUUGACGAAAAUGAUCUUACAAUAUUACGUUCACUGUUAAUUGAAAAAAAAAUAACACUACAGAUUAUUUAGGCAACGACUCUUGACGUUGUUAAGUGUCUAAGGUACAGUCUCAGUGUAAUAUUUACGUUAUAGUUAGGUUACCUUUGUGUUUAUUAGAGUGGAAGUAAGUCAGGCUUUGUUUACAUUGGCUGUGGGUGGACAAAACAGCCAAGCAAACAAACACAACACUCAAACAAUUACAAACAAUGAGGAUAAUGUGGUAAUGAUCGUCCUUCAUUCCUUCCUAUCUUAAUCUCCUUACUAUAAAAAUAAUAACUUCGCCAGCACGAGCAAUCAUUAUCGUUUAGCGUUCACGUGAUUCGUCCUCUUCUCCCCCCUUACUUCUGCAUGGCGGGCGAAAGUUCACUCGUCAUCUUCUCGUGCUGGCGCUGGUGUUGAUGGUAAGAGGCUGAGAUAUGUGUACAUGAGGUCGCCUUUUAAUGUAUCUGUGAUAACUAGUCCGUCCUGGGUUUGUAUUGUACUAUUACACUUCUGAAGUCACCUGAAGAUUAGCCCCCCAGUUUAACCACCAUAACCUAACUUACCAUAACGCUAGUCUAACCCAACCUAACCUAAGUGUUUGAAUCCGUAGCUUAAGAAGGGAGAAUGUGUCUGAACUAAGUUAUUUAGUCCCCAAAUUAAAGUCAAAAUUGUACGCUGAUGGCUGUAUGGUAUCUAGAUACAUUUUCUCUUUGCCAUUUGCGUAAGAACCUUUAAGAACUCAAAGUGAGAUAGAAACAUUGCUUGAGAACUUGAGUGAUAGUUAUACUACACGAUAAACUACUUGUGAUAUAAUGUGACCUGUAAUUUACGUGUGUUUGACCAUUUUUAUGUCAAUAAAGAUAUUAAUUCUGCUUAA